ACAAACAACCACAGAGAGGAAACCACAGCAGCACGAUCACACUGUCAUACUUACAACCAUGGAUUCUGACUUCAGAGGCACCUUGUUUCUGAUACUCGCCCUCUUCUUUCUGCCUCAGCUCAGCUGUAACAUAAACUGCCCUACUGGCUGCCACUGUGCAGGCGAGGUCAUUUGUAUUCAGAUAAAAAAAAUACCAAGGGAUCUUCCUCUGAACACAACCAAGCUGCAGCUUUUAUACACCACGAUGACUGUCCUGAACGAGCACAGUUUUACAGCCCUGCGCUUGCUGACACGCUUCGGUCUGACGAAAAGCCCUCUUCACACCAUCCAUCCCAGGGCCUUUCAAACCAUCCCAAAGCUUAGAUCUCUCAUGCUUACAUCCAAUAGCCUCUCUACUCUUCCUGAACUGGUUUUCAAUCCGCUGACUGAGCUGGAGCAGCUGUUUUUAGACGAGAAUCAACUGGAAACCCUAACCCCAGAGAUGUUCAGAGGUCUUGCUGCAUUGCAAGAAAUGAGCCUGAGCAACAACAAACUGAGAAAUCUGCGUUCAGAUAUUUUCGAUGGGUUGACCAGCCUCACAUAUCUAAACCUAGGCAGGAACCUCAUAAAGAAGCUUCCACCUACUAUAUUUCACAGUUUGAUCAAUCUUGGCAAGCUGUUUCUCUAUGGCAAUGAGUUGGAGGUGCUGGAAUCUGGCAUCUUUGAUAGACUUGUUGCCCUUGAGGAGCUGAAAAUACAACAAAAUCAGAUAAGCAGCCUUCCUCCUCAGGUAUUCUGGCCAUUGAGAAACCUGAAGGUCCUCUCCCUGUCCAAUAAUCAGCUUCAAACUGUCCCAAAAGAGAGCUUCUACUUUAUGCCAAUGCUGACAAAGUUUACCAUCUAUAACAACCCACUACUCUCUCUACCAGACCAACUAAUGGGUCACAUGCCUGACCUGAGAGCUUUUCAUCUGUAUGGAACAAACCUCACCACUGUUCCUGGAAACCUGUUUGCUAACAUGUCUGGACUCCAGAGUCUUUACUCUGGCACAAAUAUACAACUGAAAGACUUGCCUUCAGAGCUCUUCUGCUGCCUCCCUGAACUUAAAAAUCUCACACUGGAAUCCAACAACCUCCAUGACCUCCCCCCUAAUCUGUUCUCAAGACUAACUUCACUGCAAGUACUGCGUCUUCGUCAAAAUAAGCUGCAGAACGUUCCGGGGGACAUUUUUCAGGGCCUUGGAAAGCUUUCCAUAGUCGAUCUGAAGGAAAACAAGCUGAAGACUCUUCCAGGAGAUAUUUUCUUGUCAAAUGUAGCUUUGAGAGAGGUUCAUCUGAGUAACAACAUCUGGGACUGUACUUGUGGUAUCAGAAGAAUUGCAGAGUGGAUAAGAGAGAAUGAGCACAUGGUUCCUGACAAAGAUGAGACUCUAUGUCGUAGUCCGAUGGACAAAGUCAGUCGUACCCUCAGCUCUCUACGUGAGGAAGAGUUUGACUUUUGCGAUGCCACAACAGCCCUUUACUUAACAACAACUCCUGAAACUCAAACCACCACCUCCCUACCUGAUACUGAAGAGUCUCUCCCCACUACUAUGACUCCCGAGAUCAACAGUGGGCCUCGAACCACCACCUCCCUACCUGAUAUUGAAGAGUUUCUCCCGACUACUAUGACUCCAGAGAUCGACAGUGGGCCUCGAACCACCACCUCCCUGCCUGAAUUUAAGGACUCUCUCCCCACCACGAGUCCAAUAAUCGAUGACAGGUCUCCUCCUUUCUACGACAUGUUGGUGUUUGAGAAUGGGCCAGACUUUGUUCACCACAACUUUUACAGUGGCUGGGUGUAUGUGUGGUCUCUGCCCUCAGAGACAUCCCUGUAUGGGUUGCUCAUAUUUAGUCACAUCCUCCUUGUGUUUGCAGGCUUGAUCCUUAUCCUCGCUACCAUGUACAGUAUGUAUCGCCUGGACAAGAUCAUGAACAAGCUAAUGGCUUAGUAUGCAAAAGCUUACAAGUGACAAAAUAUGCUAUCAGUCCUGAUGCAGCAGAGACCAAGAUAAAGUAUCCUUAUCUGGGGCUGAAGCGUGUUUGGGAACUUUGUGAUUAUGGGGUUUCCUGUUGUUGUAAGUAGUAUAUCCAAGUGCUGCUUCUGGACAGUCACACUUGAAGUAUGAAGAAAAGUUAAAGAAGAAAAAAAGCUUUAAAAAAAAGGAGCUUAAAAUAGUUUGAAAUCUAGUUUUAUUACAUAAUACAGCUUUUUAACUUCAGAGCUACAGGUUGAUCAACUCUGGCAUUUUAUUUUAUUUGUUUUCUGUAAAUCUAUCAUUUUUUUAUGAUCAGAAAAAGGAGCAGAAAAGCCACAGGGGCUGUAAAAGAACAUAAUUACCACCCUAGAAUACCAAGAUGCCUAUUCAAAUGAGAUUACAAUUACCUGUUGAUCUCCAUAUGUACUGAAAUAUGUCAGGUAAUGUGCCCUGGAAUUUUUUUUUUUUUACUGCAGAUAACCAACAUGGUCGACUCACACAGGAUUAAAAAUAUAGACUUUACAAAUUACCAGAAGUCCCUAAAAAAUACCAGUCCUAUGUGAAUAGGGCAUGAUAAACAUUUCGUAAAUAAAACGGAGAAAAAGUUCAGAGGUCUGAACUGGGAUUCAAUUAUGUACCCACUGGUUUUAUAAAUCGAGAAGAGUUUAUGAGCAGUGGCUCAUUUUAGCUUUAUUAGCUUUUGCUAAAGCUAACAUUACUACACAAGCUAUGUUAUUAAUGUAACUGUAUAAGCCAAUGUAGCUAAGUUAGCUUUAUCAAUGUGAGCUUUAGCAAUUGUGCUAAAACUAAAGAAGCUAAGUAGAUAAUGUACCCACAUAGCUUACAUAGAUAUUUGUGAUCUUAGCUUCAGCUACGUUAGCUACUUAGUUCCAUAAUCUAUAGCCUGGUUAUCUUUAGCAAACAUAGCUAAAGCUAACAGAUAACAUAGAUAUGUAGCUGUUGUGUUCUUAGCUUUAGUUCUGUAAUCUACAUAACUCAGUUAUCUACGUAGCUUAUGCAGCUAAUGGGGCUACGUAAUAUUUCUGGAAUAUUUGUAUUUGUAAUCAGAUUUUGCUGGUCAGGUUUUUCACUUUUUACUUUUGGUAUCCUAAGUCUAAACAGAAGUUUGAUUUGAUUUCGAAUGUUUUAGUGCAUAUUUCUCUUCUGAGAUAUACAACGUCUUAGAUGAACAGUCUGUGAGUGUGGCUGUCAGGGACAAACCGUCUGCAGCCAGACUAUCUUAACAAAAAUAAACUUCUUUCCUCUGGGUUUUUCUAACAUUUGUGAAGGGAUAAGUAAUUUUUCUCUGGAUCCUGACUUAUAAUUUACAAUUCAGAGGUAUGCAAUUUAUACCUAUGCUGUGGUGGGGUAAAAAAACUGUCAACCCACUUAAUGAUUUAAAGAUUUACAUAGUUUAGCUCUGAGCUCUCAUUAUCAAUCAUGCACAGGAUUCUACACAACUAAUGUUAGUAAUAAACAAUUAAAUGUAUCCUGUCUCUCUUCAGCUGCCAUACCAGAACAAAGGCUAAAAGCCCCCAAAGUAAUCUUAGUAAGCUUGUUGUUUGGAUUUAAGAUGGGUCAUGUAUUUGCCCAAGAAAGCUUUAAAAGUCUAAAGUUAACUGUACUUUAUGAUAGAAAACAAAUAUUUGGUAACGAUUUAUUUUAGUGGGCCACAAGUAUCUAUUUUAUAUAAAUAAGUGGUCAUUUUCUAGUUAUUUCUAAAGAAUAAGGUGGCAGUGGCCUAGUAAUAAGUUGGUAUUUUACAUAGUAAUAAGUUGGAAAUAUAGUAUUACAAUUCAAUUACAUGGUAUUUUAACAUUACCCCAAACCCAUUGCCAAGAAAAUACCAUAUAAUUACCAGCGAAUUGCCACAAUAUUACAGGGGUUAGGGUAAGGCUUAGGGUUAGAAGGUCAGGGUUAGGUUAAAAUAUCACCUUAUUACCAGAAUAUUGCCACAAUAUGAGAGGGAAUUACUUGAUAAUUAAUACAUUAGUACUAGGUAAAGACUUCCUUAAUAUUAUCAAGCUUUUACUUGGUAAAAUGCCAAUUUAUCACUAGGCAAUUACCACCUUUUUCUUUAGAAAUGACUGGAUAAUUACACUUAUUACUACAAAAUUACUAGGUAAUUAUGGCCCACCAAAAUAAAGUACUAUCAAAUAUUGCAUGCAUAUUUCAUGCACUGGAAUAAUGUCAUGUAAUGUAAUGUAUUCAUCCUUUCUGUUAUUUUUCAUUAUCUGUUUUUAAUUUGAAAAAGUCUGUUACCCACUACCUUACCAUGGACAUUUAAUAUGUUCCCUUGUCCAAUUUAAAGGAUAAUCAUGCAUCUUUGAGAUCUGAGAAGAGCAGCGUUGUGCAGGCAAUUUUCUCUCCUUGUAAAAAUGUGACAAUUAUAAAAACUGUCAUGGGAAAACUAUGUUUUAGCUAUAAAUGUGCUUUUAACAUGAA